AGGCUCAAGGAGGGCCGUGCUGUGGGAGCAGAUGGAAUACCUUGCACUGUUCUCAAAGCCUUGGCAUGGUCUUCUCUUCGUGUUAUAUUAUCAUCGUUCCAAUUUCUUUAUCGUCGUGAAGUGUCAUCGCCGGAUUCCUGGCGCCAGCUACGUGUCAGCCUCAUGUUGAAGGACCCCAAGUUCCGCCGUUUCGGUGAGUCUCGUGCAUUGGCAGUCUUUAGCAUAUUCAGUAAAUGGUUCUCGUGCUGCCUCACCCUGUUAUUGGAUGAGCAUGUUCGUCGGGCUUUGUCAGGUACGGGCUGCAAUCUUUAUGGUCUCUGCUCUGGUCACCGAUGCCACGAGAUCACGGCGGGCCUCAAGGUAUUAGCUCGUCACUCGAGGCUUGGGGGCAAGGGCCAGAAUGUAUUCAUUGCGAGUCUUGAUGUUGGGCAGGCAUUUGACCACCUAACGAUCCCCCGAGCUAGUGCGAGCCUGCAAUGGCUACAAGUUGAUGAUGAGUUGAUCUUCGCUCUUAUGGAGGGUGCGGAGUUUCAAUUUCAAGAGAUCUGCUCACACCCGAUCCCAUGGGACUCGUGCAUCCGUACUGGGUCUCUUGAGGGCCCACCGUUAUGGAACGCGCAGUGUAUCAGUAUGUUUGGGCCUGUUUUUCUGAAUUGGGAGCGUCUGGGCAAAGGCCUUGUCUUGUCGGCGGAGGCUGGAGGCAUCUGUGUCUCUCACUUCGUUUGGGCCGACAACGUUCUUCUGGUGGCGAGGUCCCUCCCCAUGUUGACCUCGAUGAUCGUCGAACUAAACCAGCCCUUGUACCUUCGCGGUUUCCAUUGGAAAGCAUCCAGCCUCGAGUUCAUGAGUGUUGCCAGUGAUGAUACUGACCCCCUGGUCGUCCAUCUUUCUCCUUCUUCGGGAUCCUCGGGAAAUUGCCCAAGCUCAGCCCUGGUUUUCAAGCGCGUCUCGGUGCUGAAGAUCCUGGGCACCGUUAUUGGCAGAAAUUUUAUUGAUCAUGAGGAUAUUCGUCAUCGUAUGCGAUGGACUGUUGGUGCUUUCUGGAAGGAAAAAUCUUAUGACCAGUCGCGUCUCAUUUCUAUUCAUUCGAAGAUUCGCCGUUAUGAUUCGAGAGUUCGCAGCAAGUUCUUGUAUGGUUUGGAAGGGGCUUCUAUUCAUGCUAAGGCGUUGCGGUAUAUCCACAAGGAGGAAGGGGAGAUGCUGCGUCGCAUGGUCUGGCGUAACAAGCGAGCAGAUGAGAGCUGGAGUAGUUUUCUUGUCACGGCUAUUCUAUCGUGGUCGUCAGGCUUUGUUUCGUGAACGAAAGGCUAGCCUUGUGCAGCUAUGUGUGUAUAAGCAGUGGAUGUGGGCGAAGGAUGUUGUGUCUACAUGUUUGUCUCCGCCUCCUGCUUCAUCCCCGUCUGCUGCUGCUGCGUCUCCUCCCAUAACAUGUUAUGUGAUCUCUCCGUCUCAUGUCUUCUCCGUUCUCCUGAGGCUGGUCGCAAUAUCUUUAAGUGGGUGUAUAGGGAAGGAAACACUGAGGCUGAUGAAAUGACAUGGAAUGCUCGUACUGGUAACUGUGGUCUCUGGCAUGACGACGACUCUUUGAAACUUAUCAAGUGGAAUGCAGUUAUGAUCGACUGCAUCCGUGGUUCUUUCGACGGAGGUCGUUCCCAACGUGGUGUCGGGUGUGGCUGGGUGCUUGAUGUGAGGGUUGCUUCUUAUGCUCGCAAUAUUCUUCCCCCCUCUUUCUGUAUCUUCUGUGGCUGGCGCCGUGUUGCCUCUGAGGCUUUCCUCCUCCCAUCCUCCUGCGCUAUCGCGUCGGCUGGGCUGUCUGCCGCCCAUCGUCUCCUCUCUGCAGGAGUGCUUGUGAUGCUGCAGAAGUCAGGCUUCAUAGGCAUGUGUAGUUCGUAGUCUGGACGUGAGCACCGUCCUGCC